AAAAUACAUCUCGGGUCUAGUUUUUAUACUCUUGUAAUUUCUACAUACCAAGUUCACCAGCCGAGGGCAUAGUUCCUCCGUGUUUUUAACGGUUGAUCUGUUAACUUUGGGAUUGCCUUUUUGUGUGGAUCCGACGAUCAGAGAGCGAGAGGGAGAGAAGGGUAGGCGCGAGAGGGGAGCGUGUGAGUCAGAGAGAGACGGAGGUGAAACGAAAAGCCUCCAUGUUUCAGCUGCCUAUCUUGAAUUUUAGCCCCCAGCAGGUUGCGGGGGUUUGCGAGACUCUGGAAGAGAGCGGGGACAUUGAGCGCCUCGGUCGCUUCCUCUGGUCUCUGCCCGUCGCCCCAGCAGCCUGCGAGGUCCUCAACAAGAAUGAGUCGGUGCUUAGGGCGCGGGCCAUCGUGGCCUACCACACCGGGAAUUUCCGAGAACUCUACCACAUUCUGGAGAACCACAAGUUCACCAAAGAGUCUCACACUAAACUACAGGCCCUGUGGCUCGAGGCGCACUACCAGGAGGCAGAGAAGCUGCGGGGCCGCCCGCUAGGGCCAGUGGACAAAUACAGGGUGCGGAAGAAGUUCCCUCUACCCAGAACGAUAUGGGACGGAGAGCAAAAGACCCACUGCUUCAAGGAGAGAACCCGACAUUUGUUACGAGAAUGGUACUUGCAGGAUCCUUACCCUAACCCGAGCAAAAAGAGGGAGCUCGCGCAAGCUACUGGACUUACUCCCACACAAGUGGGAAACUGGUUCAAAAAUCGUAGACAAAGGGAUAGAGCGGCGGCUGCGAAAAAUAGGCUACAACAGCAAGGGAUGUCCCAAGGCUCGGUUCGGUCUUUGGCAGAUGAUGAUGGAACCGUCGAUCGACUCGGUCCCGCCUCUAGUCCCGAGGCUAGUUUGUCAAGCAAAGCCGCCACCUCGGCUAUCUCGAUCACUUCCAGCGACAGCGAAUGUGACAUCUAAUGGCGCACGAGGCAGUCCAGAGGAGGGAGAGGAUAAAUUCACAGGAGAUAAAUAAAGGAAAUCCUAAAAGACAAUCUAACAAAAAAACAGUCAGUGCCUGCGUUUGAAUUUAAAGAAACUGGUCUUCUUUGAUGGCUGCCAAAACAUGAGGGAUCUGACGGAAUGACCUGUCUUAAAGCUAUACUUUCUUUUUUGUUGUCGUUUUUCCGCUAUGGGUGGCUGAAGCUAAUACAAGCGGACAGAAAAUGUAAAGAAAAAUCAUAUUCAUAUUCACAAUCCCUUUUUAGGGAGGACUAAUAAACCAAUGCCUCAAGAUACAACUAAAAAUGAAGAAAAAAAAUACAUUUGAGCGCCUAACCUGCUAUUUUCUGUGGGUAUUUCAUGUUGAAAAGACGCUGUAAUAUUUUUACUUUACUUUUAAAGUUUUAUAAAUAAUGUUUAUUUACCUAUUUAAAUGACUGGCUCUGUUAGAAUGUGAUAUUAUUUUGCUUGGUGUUUUUAAUAUUUACCUUGUGCACAGGUGAACCCGUUGAGCAUGUGCGCUUUAGUAAACAUGUGUUUCAGUAAAAACGUUUUUUUUUUUAAAGAAGUAAAGAUAACUUAAUAAAAUAAUUGUUUAUCAAAAGAACAAAACAUCAGUUUUUUUAUUCUCAGAUUACAACGAUUGAGAAUGGUGUUUGCAGUUAUUGUAUCACUCGAUUAUUACUUGAUAUUACUAGGCAAUCUAGUAAUUUGCCACAAUAAAUUAGAUUAUAGUUUUGGGAUUUGGGACGAUAUUUACAAUAUGAUAUCUGUGACAGAAUAUUUAAAGUAUCGUCCUAUGAUAGGCCUAUAGUGUGAUGCAGCGUUCUGUAUGUAUAAUUUUGUGCCUCUGCGUUGCCCUGAUGAAGUGGUCUCGGUUAUAUAUCUGGUUAUUUCAGGCAUGUUAAGUUAGUAGAGGUGCUGACUAACGGAGAGUGAACUGUAGUAGGCUAUACAAAUAAGCAGUCGCACAAUAAGCUCCCAGAAAUAUAUUGGAUAAAUCAACGUUUCUGCAUCACAUUGUGAGGGUGUACGUACUUAACUACCACAUAAGCUACAGAUCAUCAAAUGUGGACUCUGAGUGAGAUUUUUUUUUUGUAAGUUUAUAAUGCCACACUUUGUGCCGUGACACGUUCUCGACAUAUAGCCUAAUUGACCAACAACAUGCUUUGCGUCAUGUAAUACGGCAUGACAGCCAGAGGUCAGAGAAAGGCCGGCUCACAAAACGAGACAGUCUCCCGGAGCAAAAACAAAUUGUCCUACACAACACCAUAAUAUGAAAUGCGAUCUGGCUGACGGAUGUGCAUGGAAAUACAUAGGCUUUUGUCCUACAUUUUAAUCUCAAUUGUGCUAUUGUUGUGUAUUUCAAAUUAUGAUUUUGUAGACUAAACCUAUCACAUUUAAUUUAGAUAUUUGAAUCAUCGAUUUCUAGCUGAGGCUAAAACUUAUCAAAGAAUUGCAUCUGCAUGGGAUGCGAUAGGCUACUAUUCGAUCGUGGAUCUAUUCUAAACCAUAUUUCCUAUUAUCGCGGAAUGAAUGUUUGAUAACCUAAUGUCUGCCACGAUUAGCCUAUACAUCUAUGGCCUAUUUUUCAAAAUUAUAUUUCAUUUCAUGGCUACAAUGAUAUCAUGUUAGCAAAACUGGUAUUUGAAUAGUCUGUUAUUUAUAUUUGUUCAUUAAGGGUUCAGUGAAAACAACGUUUUUAAGAGUAGACCUAUAGGCAUAAAGGUUUGUACCAGACCAGUUAUGGCGGGCUAAAAAACGUAAUGGCCAGAUAGGCCAUUUACCGCUGGCAUACAUCCCUGGUUCUGAUGAAUUAAUGCCUAUUCAUUAGAACGUAAAGACGAGAGUUAGCUAUUAGAACGUAAAUAUGAGGGUAAAUGCAUAUGUAGGCCUUCAUCUGCUGUAAAAAAAAAUGUCCGUCCCUCUUUCCGUGCGCUUAUAUGAUGUCAGUCCAAAUGAGCAUCGCAAAUAAGAAAUGAAAAACACAGAAGUGCUGUUUUUCCAACGGAUCCAGAGUUCUGGGUUGGGGCCUACACCUGGGUUUUCAUCCAAUUUCCAAUGAAUUAAACUAACCAGUGAAAGGAACAAACUGUAUUUCUCUGAACGUUUUUCAGCUGGAACAACACAGAAGUCAAUGCAGUGUUUCGUUUUUGGGAUAAAGAGGAAGCAUGUGAGGGGACGAAAAGGGGCGCUUUGAGUUUCUUUCAAAUGAUGGGGACAAAAUGGCUGAAUAUUUCCGUUUCUAUUGAAAAUAAGGGCGACCAGGGGGAUGCAUGAAAAGGUAUUUGUAGCAGUCAAUAAGGUUGUCAAACUGGUCAGCGGUAAUCAGCACUAAUGAUGAGGUCUAGGGUCCCCGCGUGAACAAAGGGGCGCUCCCAAUGUUUUGUGAGCGGAAGCAACACGGGUUCCCCUUCAAAGAAUGAACUGCAGUCAGGGUAGUCUGCCAGGGGUACGGAAAUCAGAACGUUUGUGUAGUGUGUGUGUGUUUGGCAGCUGCUGCAAUGUGAAUUCGUGAGUUGGGCGAUUAAAAGGAUUUAAUGACCAAUUGAUUGACUGUUUUCUGACUUGUACGUUUGCAGCAGUCAUAGCACGUUAAUUGUGCUUCAAUAAACACGUCGAACAUUUUGAAUAAUAAAGAAAAGGCUUCUACGUUUUGUAAAAUAUGAAACGACGUUGGAUAUACCCGCGAAGCGGGUUAAUUUGAAAGACCUUUGUCUCUCAUCCUUUUAGACCUCUAGCCCUUUAAUAUAUUGGUAACAUUAUAUCUUCUGGAUUUUUGUGUGUAUUUUUUAAGCCAUUUAAAAAAAUUAAAGCAGGUGCAACACCAAUUUCAAUGUAGCCUAUGUGUCCAUCAUAAUAUGAAAGAAGGUUCUCCUUCUCUUGAACUCCGAUCUCUCUAUGCUGUUGCGACUUUAUUAUGAUCGAAUCUGUCAAAGGAGUUCAGCAGUGAUAGCUUUCACUAUGUGAUGCGAGCUGGUGUCAGCACUAACAGUGGGCUAUGUCAAUGUGUACUAUUUCUCCUGUAGCAGUUAGGUCUACAUGAUAGUGUCUGGCUAUCCACCACAUACUCUUGUCUUUAAUAAUCUAUUUUUUAAAGUAGUAAUUGUGAUUGUAAGACCACGCUGUAGCCUAAUAUACAACGAGACUGUAAUAUAGGCCAACCUACAACUUCUCCUUUGAUUGGUCUGGAAUAUUUUUUUACUCCACUCUGCUUCCUGUUUAA